GGAAAUGAUACCAAUGUGAAAGCACUAAGAGUCACCACCCACUCGUUACCAAGUCAGUUGUCAGCUCGACUCCGUCUUAUGCUAACGCUCAACUCACACCGACGGUGCAAGUGUUGAUCGUGUACAGAUCGUGGCCACGUCAUCAUGAAGGCCUAUUUGCCGCUUCUGUUGGUGCUGUGCCAGCUGAUCCUGCCGUGUUACUCAAAAGUGGAAAAGGAAAAGCGAAAGUUCACGGAUGUACAGGUGCAGGAAAAAUGCAAGUUUUCCCUGGAGGAAAUCCAUGAUUGCAAGUACACUGGCUGCCUCGAGGUGACAACGCAAUGUGGCGACAAAGAAAAUGCGACUGUCUGCCAGUUCACAGAGUGCAUCAGCGUGAAGACAAAAUGCGAGGAGCCACUCAACCAGUACCUGACGCCGGAGGAAAUCUGCGAGGGGGACGCGUUUGAUCAAGUGGACUUGCACUGCCUAAUUAACUCACGUCAAAGCUAUGACGAGCUCACAGCAUGCAAGGGCAAGCGCUAUGCGAGCGCCAGGAAGCAAUGCUUUCAGAGUAUCUACAAGAAGAAGAUCGAGGCCAUUGCCAAGAAACAGCUGAACCUCCGCAGCAUUCCUGACCGAGUGCUCGAGUGCGCGCUGGAUAAAUGUUACAAGAAGACAGAGGAGUGCCUUGAACCGUACCACCUGCAGUAUGCUAAAGACCCAGCCUCCUUGCGGGAGUUUCAGUUGGAACAUUGUGCCUACGUCGCCAAGGACUUCCCCCAUUACUGUGAGACCAUGGAAUGCACCAAGGAAGUGGAUGCUUGCGGAAUGCAGAAUCGGAAUUUGAUAGAAGAGGAGAACGGGCCUAACGUGGGUCUCAUUGCUGGCAUUGUGGGUGGACUGCUGGUGGCCAUCAUCGCGGUGGCCUGCGUUGUGCUGUUCAUCAAGAAACGAAGCCAGAGCCGUGGGAGCAGCCCCAAUGGACGAGGCUCUCCCGUGCAGUUCAGCCAAGUUUCAACCAUCGCCAAUGCGUGAGGAAGCAAGAGAGAGAGCAAGCAUGCGAGCACAUGCGUACGUGCUGUGUGGUACGAAAAUCUCUGUGUCACAGCGAUGGGCAACUCAAAAAAACCACACGUGCCACUUAAAUCCAUGUUUCUUGCGCAUAUCUUGUUAAUUGGACCGUGUAAGUUUCUCGAUUUGCAUGCAAAGGGCGGACCGUGUACGUCCCGUGCGGUCUUUUGAAUUGCCUAUGCAUGGUUUUCUUGCUCAAUGAUAAUUGCGUUGCUUUGGCUCUGCGUUUUACUGAAUAAUUCCACUUAACACAUUCUAUUGCAAGAUUGUAAUGAAUGCCAUCAAAGACAGCAAUAACAAUGUAAUGAUCUGACUAAACAAAAUUAAAGCAUUGAAUCGAAUUUCCCCAAUAUAAAUGCAACUAAAUCCUAACGUUUGGCCAUAAAACGUUAGGCGCAUAAAAAUAUUGCGCUUGUGAGACUGGAGAUCCAUUGUGUCAAACCCCUUUCUCUUCAAUUGCAGUCCCAAGUGGUUCAUAAUCUAUGGAUAUGUGAGACGGUGCAGCGGAUAGCUUGGUUGGUAUAAGCAUUUUCCUCUUAGUCCUCCCCCCUUGAUAUUGGCACUCAUGAAUCUGGCCCUGAACGGCAUUAUCAGCCACUUUUGUAGGUAUUAUGAAGUUGAUCUCCGCUGACAUCAAAUUGUGAUUUAAUAAAUUGACCCAAAGCGACAAAAGGGUCUCUGUUGAAAUGUUGCACUGACGGGAUGGAUGUUUUUUGUGUUUUAAAGACAACUGAGAAUACGAGAGGACCAUUGUAUAAUUAGAGUCCGCAUAGAUGACCGUUAUGCUUUUCGUUGCUUAUUAUCAUUCAGGUGAAUUUUCGUGCAUUUUGGUGAUCUGGAUGUCUGCAGGGAGAGGUUCUCAAACUCCAGUCCUCGCGACCCACCACACUCUGUCUUUCUGCAUUUACGUUCUGACGCGCCCCUAAUACAUUAUCACCUACCCCGACUGGACAUCUGUGGAUAAAAAAGUGCUUUAUAGCUCACCGGAUUCCUCCAGUAUAAUACAAAUGAAAUUGUUCGAUGCUGCACGGGCCAAAUUAUUGUUAAACACGUCCAAUGUGAUGUGAUAAUCAAUCAACGCUGUCUGUGUAAAUAUAGCACAAUCAAAUUAAUAUUGAGAUCUCAGUGUGUGUGCACUGUGCUUAGCUCUCGUCACGUGAAACGUGUUUAACAAUCAUGGGGCUCGUGCGGCGUGGAACGAGUUCAUUUUAUUUGAAUGGGGAGUACAUUUGUAAACGCCGAGAGACGUAGUCACGCGGACUGGAGUUUGGAAAACCGUGCUCUAUGCGUUUUUAUUAAAACUGUGGUUCGCUGGUUCGAGCUGAGACUCCAGACCCCCUCUCACAAAGCAGAUGCAACCCUCAAAAAUACUACAGCACUUACUCUAUAGACACAUUAAUAUGCAUAAGAAUGCGCUUAUUUUAGGGUCCUGCUUUGGGAUGUUUAGCCAGUUCCAUGAAUGAGUGGUUAGUUUAACUCGAGAAAUCAGCCCUGAAUUACUCUACACUGUUCAAGUGUCCGGUCCUGGAAGAUAUGUACAGGGUUGUCCAGAUGUCGUGUGACCGCCAUUUAAUUCUCUUAAACUUAAAGGUUUAUUUAAAAUAUAAAUGAAUAUACAAUGAAUAUACAAAGGAAAACAUGUUAUGGAUUAAUUAAUUGGGGGGUUACAUGACAUCUGCACAACUCUUUAAAGUGCAAGUAAUAAUAUGUAAUUUCAUAUAUAGGCUUUCACAACCAAUAUUAUUACGAUUCUAUUUGGGCUAGAUCGUGUCGGUAUACAGUCACGUAAACAAAAUGUUACUUGUAAGGUGGUAAAGGUUU